AUGUCGCCGCGAUGGCCGGCUUCGCUAUUGGCGCUCCUUUGCCGCGUGUUAUCCGAUUCCUUGCCGUUUGCUUCUUUCUGUUUAUUGUUUUUGUUUCCGGUGCGGUUUCUCCUGUGGCUUGCUCUGUUGGAUCUGCCGCUUCGUCUUUGUCAUAAACUCAAGACGAGCUUCAAUAUGCUAGACAAUCAGUUAUGGACUCUUCAAUUUAAUCGAUUUCUCUUUACCCGAGUUCGCCAGAAUUUCUAGCAACCGGUUGAAAUUGGUUGAUUGAUGGUUGUCCCUAUUACCCGGUGAGCAAACAAAGUUUCGUUGUUAGGAUUGGUUUUCCGGCGACGAUCAAUUCACCGUAGUUGGG